GCCAGUGACCCAAAUUCCCUAGAGGUCAUACUCCAGCUACGGAUACUGCAUAGGCCCAAGAAAGCCCUGGCCCAAACAGGCCCAACAGGUGAGAGGCAAGGGUCGGUCGGGGACCCCCAAGAAGUUAUAUUCUUUUCAGAAGGCAAUGUCUUCCACUGACAGCCCCCCAGAGGGUGCUCUGGGACAUGCCACUGAACAACAGUUGGAGCUGCGGAAUGAAGGCCAUGCAGACAGGUUCUUUGCUGUGGCGCAGCAGCUGAGAGAACAGCGCCAUCUUGUGGAUGUGACUGUCACCCUCGGCCUAAGGAACUACAAAGCCCACAGCGCCAUCCUUGCCGCAGUGAGUUCUGUCUUCCGGCAGCGCUUUGAAUGUGGGGAGCACAGCAUGGUGGAGCUAGAUGGUGUAACCACACCAUGUGGUUGGGAGGCCAUUUUGAAUUUUGCCUACACUGGGGAGUUACAGGCCAUGCCAAAGACAGCUGGGGAGGUCUCAGAUGCGGCUGAGGCACUGGGCAUCCCUCGUGUGGCAGAGAUUUGCAAGACGGUGCUGCUUGGGAUGGAGACAGAGGACAGACUGAGUCCAGCGGAAGAGAAAUGGGAGACUCUACGGAGCUUGGAGGAGCUUUACGAAGAAGGCAUUGGCUGUGACCUGGAGCUUAAAGCUGAGGAAGAUACCUACCGAGUUCAUCGACUAGCCUUGGCUUGUGGCUGCGAGUUCUUCCAUGGCAUGUUCACCAGUGGCAUGAAGGAAACCCAUCAGGAAGACACCCCUCUCUGCACUCGCUUCACCUCAAGAGAUCUAGGCCUCAUCAUCUCCUUUGCAUACUCAGGAGUGCUGGCGGGCGGAUGGGAUGACCUGUUUGAUGCUGCAUCGGCUGCUCUCCAGUACCAGGUGUCUGGCAUCUUGGAACUCUGCCUGGAUUUCUUCCACCACAAGCUGAGCCCCGAAUCCAGCUUGGACGUGCUAUCUUUCGCUCGUGCCUAUGGCCUACACGAUUUGGAAAGCACUGCAGAGAACUUUGUGUUGAGGAACUUUGCUCAUGUCAUGGGAACACCCAAGUUCCUGGACCUUCCAGUAAAUCAGCUCAUGGAUUUCCUCAGCUCUGAUGCCCUCUACAUCCUCAACGAAUUAGAGGCCUUCCAAGGAGCCAUCCGAUGGUUGGAUGCCGACAGAGAUGGACGGAUGGACCGUGCAGAGAAAAUCUUGCGCUGCAUCAGAUUCUCUUUGAUGUCCAGUCGGGAGCUCAAACAGGUGCGGAUGGUAGAUAUCAUGGCUGCCCCGGGUCGGCUCUAUAACCUCAUGGUUGCAUCGUUAACUAGCCUCCCGCCAGGCCCUUCCAAGAUGGAGCAACUCCCUUGCCGGGUGAGGUACCCAGAGAAGGUUAUUGCCAUUAGUGGAGGAGACAUUUUGGCUAAGAACAUGGCCAAUCGCAGCCCUAGCCAAGACUUCUGGUUCUCUCACCGCUUCAUCAGUGGCAUCGGAUUGGUCAAGCAGGUUGAGUGGCGUCGUCUUGGGGAGCUCCCACAGGGGCCACGUUUCCGGCAUGCUGUGGCAGUCAAGGAUAACGUGAUGUACAUGUUUGGGGGAAAGGACUACUACGGGACCAGGAACACCAUGUGCUCAGUGUUCAAGUUCGACCCUCUCUGUGGGAUGUGGGAGCGACUGGCUGACAUGACAAGUUGCCGGAGCUAUUUCCAGGUGGUUUUUCAUGAUGGCUUUUUCUACGCCCUGGGAGGCAGUUCCAAUGAUGCCUAUUGCCUGGAUUCAGUGGAGUGCUACGAUCCUCGGACCAAUGCCUGGAGGCCUUGUGAACCCCUGCCCGCUCCACUCUGUGGUCAUGCAGCCUGUGUCCUGGACGGAUCCAUCUAUGUCUCUGGGGGUAGUGAUGGUUCAUGCCGCUGCCAGUCAUCCCUGAUGCAGUAUCGCCCAGGCGCAGCACCCAUCCCGCUGGCCAUGAUGCGAGAGGAGCGGGCAGGCCACAUCAUGGAAGCCUUGGACGGGCGGCUGUAUGUGGCAGGUGGCCUGCGGUGGCGGGAUGGCCACGGGGGCUAUGCUGAUCAACUGGCCUGCGAAGUGUACAGCCCGGGCCUCGAUGACUGGGCCGCCCUCGCUCCGCUGACACAGGCCCACGUCAUCGCCGCCUCUGCUGUCCUGCAGGGGGAACUCUACAUCCUGGGGGGCUAUAGCCACAACACCUACCGUGAUACCCACCUGAUUCACUGCUAUAACCCAACCCAUGACCGCUGGGUCAGCGUUGGGACGCUGCCUCAGGCUUAUGCUGACCUCAGGGCCUGUGUCUUAGAUGUUCCACCCUCCCUCAGGAAACAGUCCUCAUGCUCAGAUACGCCCAGCGUGGAAAUCCCUGCUGAUCCUUCGUCAGAGGCCCCACAUCAAUACUCCUGAUCAGGCUCCCCAAUUUCUGUGGAAUGAAGUCUAUCACCAACUCAGCUUUAAUAUGGACAGAGGCUGUUAUGUGCUGAUUCAUACAUGUAUGUGUAAUUUCUGUGUGCUCAAUCACUGCACAACAGGGGAAACUGUUGGCCCUUUGCAUGAUAUUGGACUCCAGCUCCCACCAGCCGCAGUCAGCAUAGCCAAUAGUCAGGAGACAGGGACUAUAGUCCAGUAGUGUAUGGAGGUCUACAGGUUUCACUACUUCAUACUCUUUACCAGAAAGUGUGACUCACUUGGAAAACUGCAACUGAGGUGAUGUGAAAACUCUGCCUGUGGUAUUGUAUCUUGGGUUGACCAUUCAAUUUGUCAUUUGAUGCUGUAUUCAUCGUGGAAUGACUGUACCAUGUGUGAAGCAGCCUGGUGCUUUUAACAGAGACAUACCAAGUAAAUGAUAACUUUAAAAAAAAGAAACACCACUGUAUUCCAUUGCACUGGGUAAAAUUUCCAUCUGCUGUGCAGCUGUUAAAAAACCCUCCUGUGAGGAAAAAACAAGGCAGUGAAAUUAUUAUUGUUAUUAUUAAAUAAUAAUAUUUAUUAGUUGCUUGUUACCUGAAGGUCUCCAAGCAACUGACAUUAAAACCAAAUAUAGCAUACUACAAAAAGAAAAGAGUAAAACAGUGGCACCCCCAUACAGCCAUAGGAAGCUUUGGCAGCAUGCUAACGUCAUGGGGUUUGGGUUUUCUCCUUUUUCUUUCAUGGUGGCAUCCAAACAAGUUAUCAUAAGCAAGAAUUGAACGAGUCUGACUAGACAGACCUCAGUCCAAGAGCUCCUCAGUUAAGCUAAGCUAAGAGCUGCAAAGUGAUUGCGUACACAGCACAUAAACUAUUUCACUUUAAAAGGUUUAUUAUCAUAGGGAGCAUUUGAACUAUUUUAGAAAUACGGCUGUGAUGAAUCCAGGUCUUCAGACACAUUACUUUGCUUUCCAUUAGGCCUGCCAGAUUUUCUGCUUUUUGGAUUUUAAUGCUGAUGCAAAGCCAUUGACAGCUUUUCAAAGGGACUCUGCAGCUUUAACAGCAGUCUGACUGGCAGACAUAAGCAGAUGACAAUGCUUAUCUUCAUGCUGUGAAAAUCCUAACCUGCUGAUUUAUGCAUAUCAAGCAUAUGUUAAAGACACAGGAGAGGCUAGGCUAUGUUUUUUUCUUUUCCAUCUGCCCAGUUGGAAAUCUUAUUGUCUGAACGUCUGAAAAUGUGUGCCAGGUGCUUUUGUCUUUGGCAGGUAUACAUUUAACAGGCAAAGUUUAUUCCACUGCAUCAUCUCUGCACUAGGAGAAGCUUUACCUGUUGAAUACCUAAUAAAACAAAUAAUGAGAAGCCCUGCCAUUUGUAAUAAAGCAAAAUAUAAAAAGACAGAAAUACUAUAGUUCAGUAAAUGAAUCAGUUUCCAUGCCUGCUGAGAUGUUGGGUUUUUUUUUAAUGCUGUCAGCAUACUUGAAAUACCUAUGCAAAAUGAGCACUGUGGAUCCUCCAGUGGCUUGCUGCUAUGGAAACAGAAUGCCAGACUACAUGGGCCUUUGUUCAGUCCACUAGGAAAGAGAGUGCAACACUAAUCACACUCAGCCACCCACCACAAAAGAUAUUGGAUAUGCACAAGGUAUAUAUAUUUUCUGCACAUACUUGGCUCACUGUGACACAGCAUAUUAAAACUAAAUUUCUCAAGGGCUUAUGAGAAGUUGUUUGAA